AUGCGCGUAGUUGUCUUUGGUGCAUCAGGGGUUCAAGGACGUCAUCAAGUCGAUGUCCUCGCCCGAGCAGGUCACUCCGUCGUCGCCGUGAGCCGCAACCCCAAACCCGUUGUGAUCAACGAAAAGCCCGUGGAAACCUUUGCCGCAGACUUUACCGACCGAGAGGCCAUCGCAAAAGUGCUCCAAGGGGCGGACAGGGUCUUUCUCAACCUCCCGUCUACAUCAUUCAACCAGUCCGGACCCAUCAUUACCGCAGCCAAACACAUUGGGGAAGCCGCGAAGAACGCUAAAGUUCCGUUGAUGCUGUUCAACACGAGUAUGCCAGUGUCAAAAGAAUCCCAAGGCAUUGUAGCCCAGGAAGACCGAAGAGAGAUAAGGAGGUUAUUGCGAGAGUCUGUACCAACAAUCAGCAUCGAGCCGGUAGUCUAUCUCGACAACCUGCUCGAAGGCUGGGCUCUACCUCCCAUCCGCGACCGCAACACCGUUGUCUACUGUCACAAACCCGACCUUCGCGUGUCGUGGAUCUGUCACCACGACGUCGCUCAGAUCAUGAUGGCCGCGAUGAACCACCCUGAGUUCGCUGGCCGCGACAUCCCUAUCGGCGGUCCUGAGACCGUCGUGUUGUCCCAGCUAACUGGAAAGUUGUCGAAAGCCUGGGACAAGCAGCUAGAAUACGAGAACCAGACUGUUGCCGAUUUUUGCGACAAGAUUGGUAAGACGAUGCAGGGGCGGGGUCUCGAUACAGACACGAUUGUCAGUCAGAUGUUUAAGGCGUAUACGUAUUACAAUGAGGCGGAAGACGAGCCGUUCAACGUUGAUAUGAAGUCUCUUGUGAAAGAGUUGGGUGUGGAACUUACGCCGAUUGAAGAGUGGGCUAAGAGGAGGAGUCCAUGGGACGACAAAGGGUAUUAUUAG